AUGCGCUUAAAAGACUCAUACACACUCCCCGCUGCGGCGGACAUGCACGUGCAUCUGCGCAACGCACCGGGACCCAUCGCGGCGCUGGUGACGCCGACGAUCCGCAAGGCCGGCAUCGACACGGUCUUUGUCAUGCCGAACCUGGCCCCGCGGCCCGUCGUGUCGGUUGCCGAGGCCCUCGCCUACCAGCGCAGCCUGCAGGCCCUCGACCCGGACGUCACCUACCUCAUGUCGCUGUACCUCCACGAGAGCAUCACCCCGGACGAGAUCCGCAAGGCCAAAGCCGCGGGCAUCGCCGGCGUCAAGGCAUACCCCCGCGGAGCGACCACCAACUCGCAGUGGGGCGUGGUCUCGUUUGAGCCCUUUGACGAGGUGCUGCGGGCGAUGGAAGAGGAAGGGAUCGUGCUGAACCUCCACGGCGAGGUGCCAAGCAGCGCCGCCGACGGCGUGACCGUCAUGAACGCCGAGGCCCGCUUCCUGCCCGUGCUCAGGGGCUUGGUCGACAAGUACCCCCGGCUGAAGAUUGUCCUUGAGCACUGCACCACGGCGGACGCCGUUGAGGCCGUCCGCUCGCUGGGCGAGAACGUUGUCGGCACCAUCACAGCGCACCACCUCUCCCUGCUGGUAGAUGACUGGUCCGCCAACGUGCAUCACUACUGCAAACCCUCAGCCAAGACCCCUGAAGACCGCCGCGCCCUGCUCAACGCCGUGGUAACCAGCAACGGCAAAUUCUUCCUCGGCACUGACAGCGCUCCCCACGACAUAACCGCCAAGAAAGGCAAGGGCAACACGGCCGCGGGCGUCUUCACCCAGCCCUAUGCCCUAGGCUAUGUCCUCACGGCGCUAGAAGAGGCCCUCGAAAGGGGCGACAUUCCCGAGUCGUCGCUGAGCAGCGCCGACAGUCGAGACGAGGCCGUGCUCCGGGGUUUCCUGUCCGAGUACGGGCGCAGAUUCUACGGCCUGCCGCCCGCGACACGGCAAAUCCGCCUGAUGCGGGGCACGGCGACGGUGGCCGAGUCGCUGAAGGGGGAGGAGGGAGUUGAGGUUGUGCCCUUCCGGGCUGGGGAGCAGACGUGGGGGGUUGAGUGGCUGUAGUAUGUACCUCACAUAUAUAUCUGUGCUUAGGCCUCGCUCGCUGCAGGCUUUGAAGACGAAUGGAAAGACGAGACAAAAGGAGAACGGUGGUCUUCAAAAGCCUUGGGGAUCAAAAAGUGGACUGUACAAUGGACCGAGGUAUGAUAAACUCAGUUCCAUGCAAUCAUUCGGCAUGGAAAGGCCAGGCCAGGCCAGUGAACUAGAUGCUUCCAGAGGCUAUGCUUCUCAUC